GCGCGGAGUUGGAGUGGGGAUGCCGAGGGUUGACCUGAUGCUGAUGGAUAGUGAGUCAGGGCUACCAGUCGCUGCAGAGUCUUAAUAGAACUGUGCGGGAAUUGUUACAUGUUACAUGAAAGAAACACCCAGAGUGUCCGCUGACUCCGUCGCUGAGCUAGGUGUGAUCUACCGUACUUUUUCUCAGAAGGAAGCAAAAGAGUAUGAUGUUCAGCAGCUGGGAGCCCAGCGGGCGGAGGCCUUUGUGAGCGCUUUCCUGAGGCGGAGCCUGCCCCGCAUGAGCCAGCAGGCCUGUGAGAACCAGUUGCAGCGCAAGGCCGUUAUUUUGGAGUACUUCACUCGCCAGAAGCGGAAGGAGAAGAGAAAGAAAUCCAAAGGCCUCUCUGCCAGGGAGAGGAGGGACCUGCGGCUCUUUGACAUUAAACCAGAGCAACAGAGAUACAGUCUUUUUCUCCCUCUUCAUGAACUCUGGAAACAGUACAUCCGGGACCUGUGCAAUGGCCUCAAGCCAGACACGCAGCCACAGAUGAUUCAAGCCAAGCUGUUAAAGGCGGAUCUUCAUGGUGCUAUUAUUUCAGUCACAAAGUCCAAAUGCCCCUCAUAUGUGGGUGUAACCGGAAUCCUUCUACAGGAGACAAAGCAUGUUUUCAAAAUUAUCACCAAAGAAGAUCGCCUAAAAGUUAUCCCCAAGUUAAAUUGUGUGUUUGCUGUAGAAAUCGAUGACUUUAUUUCCUACAUCUAUGGGAGCAAAUUCCAGCUUCGGUCAAGUGAGAGAUCUGCCAAGAAGUUCAAAGGAAAGGGAACAAUUGAUCUGUGAUUUCUUUGCCACCUAAGACAAUUGUUUAUUCCACUUGAAAACUGGAAAUACCCUAAGUACCCACGCUUCAGUGACAAGAUUCUAGUUAUACACAACUCCAGCCAAUGGCAAUCAAAGCCAAGGACAUUGAAUAACACAAGAAGAUGUGACCUUCAUUUUUGGAAUGUUCUAUGGAGAAACAAGACUGGCAGAAUACACACCAGGAUUAAUCCUGGUUGACUUGAAGAGCAGGACUAUUAGGUUAUUUCUUUUUUGUACUCUUCUGAGUUUUCUGAAUGUUCUAGGAAAAAUCAGUCAUUUGUGCACUUACAAAAUGCACAUGUAGACUACAAAUAAAGGGACUAUUCCUAGUCGCGCUGGGUUGAAAAAGGAGAGCCCCAAGAGCAUGCUUUUUACUUACCCACGCUGUGAGCGGCUGCCCUGUGCAGCGGUAGAAUGUAUCUGUGACACACUUUCAAGCAUGCCUGCCCCCGAACAGCUAAAUGAGGUUCAUUUGCUGUUGCAGAAAAGUCCAUCACGAGGGAAUGAUGAAAUUGCUAAGUGACUUAGCAUUCAUUCAUUUGAGCAGUUAGAAUUGUGCUGGACCACAGAGGCAGAACACCAGGCCUGCAUGUGCUUAGUGGUUGUUAACCCAGUACAGGUAGACUAACCUAUACACGCUCUCCCUCCUGACUGUCAGCUCUAGAGGUAUGGCCACUGUGUCUCUUUCCACAGUCUGACCCCAGAAUGCAAACUCCCCAGACAUGGCACAUUUUGAUAUCUUAGAUCUGUUCUUCCUGCCGAGAAACCUGGCUUUUCAGCCUGACUCUAGCCCGCCUGUCUGUAAGACCACCUGACAAGGUCCUGUGUGGCGUCAGGGCAUGCAGGCUGAAGCCAGGGUUGAGAACAGAGUGGGAGACCAGCCUUCCAGAGCUAUUAGGAAAGCUGCAUAGGUCAGAAACACAGCCAGAAGGACCAGUCACCCGUGCCUUUCAAGAGCCAGUGUAUGCUGACCAACAAGGUGUCGCUCCAGGUGACAGAUGGCAAAUCGUGUCCCUUUUCUUGGGGCCAGGAGAAGCAGCAGUGGCAGACCUGGCUUUCUCAGUAGUUUGUCCUCAGACUCCACAUUGGAAAAGCGCAGAGUGCACCCGAGCCCCACGUGGACCAGCCCAGCAGCUGGGCCCUCCAUCCCCUGCUCACUGGGAUGUUGCUGAGGCCACCCAGAUGCUCUUCACCAUUAACACCAUCGUUGCCAACUGUGGUGAAGCCCACGUGGGCCAGGAGACGGCUUAAGUCCCAGCACCAACUAGAGCAUUGGAAGCCCGCCUGACCGCUGCACCCUUUGGUGUGGCCGUUUUGUGAUCCCACACCUAAGGCCUCACUGCCUGAGAAAGGGCCAGGAUUUGAACCAGUAGUCUGGCUCCAGCACUGGGCUUUUCACUCAGAGGGGCUGCAGGGAUGAGAAAGAGCCUGUGCUAAAGUACAAAAGAGACUUCCUUUCCCACCUGGUCUAAGAAAACCUGUGUCUUCAGUAUACAGUAUCUUCAGUUCUGAGCAUCUGAAAUGCGCAUUUGUAGCAGCAUAGGUGCUAUAACUUCCUGAGCAUCCCGCCCAUACCCACCCUCCGCAGUGUAAAAGGCAUCAAAUGUUGUGUAAAUACACAGUUGCUUUCCA